CCUAAAAUUACUCAAUAAAUAGAAAAAGAUUACUUAAAGGCAUCAAGUUUGGCAAGUAAGCAUCAUCUGAAGAGCUCCUCUGCUUUUGGCCUGAUCACUUUAUUUUCAUAUGCAAUUGGCAACAAUUUUUAUGCAGUCAGCCUAAUGUUUACCAAUACCACAAGAUGCAUUCUCUUUUUAUUGUGACUCAUUGCCUUUAAAAACAUUCUGGUCAAGUCACAGUAUAACUUUACUCCAGCAUUCACAGGGUUGUAACAAAUUCAGAAACUGUAUGCCAACUGAGCACAUAGAAGCAAAAAGUACUUUAACCUCAACUUUGCAACUGAUCAAUAACAUCUUUUAUACUCUGGCUCAAGCUCUCUGCAUUUGGCUUUUCAGAUAUUCCAUGGACAUGAUACUUUUUUUGAUGGAAAAAGUUUGCUGUUGUUUGUCCUAUAACAAUUAUCUUCAUUUGUUGAAAAUUUUCCACCAUGCCUCUUAUAUCUUCUAAAUAGAACUCUGCACCAGAUGGGCUAAAAAAUACAAUAACUGUUGGGUCUCCAUGCGUGAUCAAAAAGUUCUCAAAGUUCUCGCAAAACUUAGGAUGAGGGUGGGUGUCAUACACGCACAAAGACUUUAAUCUUACAUUUGCAUUUUCUAACAUACUGGGUAAUGUGUUUUUUGCGAUAUUUCCACAUAUAAAUAGCAAAGCCCUUGAAUCGUUGCGAAUCUCUUCAAGGCUCAAAAUAAAUUUUGCAAGAUUUUCGGCCGAUCCUUCGUUGCCUCCUUUACAAAUUUUCUGCAAGAUGUCUGCAUCUCCGAAAGCUUUCACAGCUGCCUUUUCUGUAGCUUUACCUACAACAAAUACUUUCAAUCUCUGGAGGGAAGUCUUUACUGGCGUAUUAGAUUUUAAAUCUAUGCCAAAAAGGGACCUCGAGAAUGCCUCCACAGACCUGGGACUUGUGAAAAUGAGGCCGCUAUAUUGGUCGAUUUCAAGAAGACAGUCUUUAAAAAGUUCCAAGUUCUUAAAAGAAAAAUCAAGUACUGGAAUGGAGAAAACCUUUAAAUGACAUUUGCUGGCAAUUGUAUCAUGAUAUUCAUCAUCUGGUUUAGCUGACUUCAGUAGAAGUGCUGUAUACCCAAACUCAUGACAUCCAUCUGCCAUGUUUGUUGCUAUGAAGCCUCGCUGCGACGACGAGACUCCAGGGAAUUUUAUGGAGUCAUGUACUGGACAUAAUGGGUACCUUUGUUUCGUCGAGGCGAUUGUCAGAUCGUCGAGCCGGGUUUCUCUUCGUCGAGCCGGGUUUCACUUCGUCGGGCCGGUCUUACAUCGUGAAUGAUGUCAUUUCGUCGAGGCGGGUGGCACAUCGUCGAGGCAAGAUUGAUUAACCGUGACAGGUCUAACAUCGUCGCGGCGAAUGUCACCUCGUCGAGGCAUUGAAUUGAAUUGAUGACUUUCGUGUAGUCGAGGCGCUUUCCCGGGGGUAGUGGUUUAUAGCAAGGGAUGGAGAGAGGCGGGGAAGAGGAGGAGAAGUGUCUUGAAAUUGUUUUUGAUGAGCAGCUUGAUGCCCAGCUUGCAACUAAAGUCAAGGGGAAUUGACGUUGUAGUUUCAAAUUACAACACCCGAUUUUCAACCUGUUUCGGUAGAUAAAGAUAGACGUAUAAUAUCAUGGAGGAAAGUAAAGAUAUCAAAUCUGCACUAAAAGAUGCCAUUGAACGUAUAGAGCGUCUUGAGCAACAGGGUUCAGCAAACACCGUAGAAAAUGCCGUACCAUCAGCGGUCAGGCCCCCGAGGCCAUUCUUGCCAAUGCGGCGUGGUGUGGUCCCACAUACUACUUCGCUAAUUGAUACAAGUAGAAGACCAAACAUUGAAGGAAACAGAGAAGAAGCAGUUAUGCAAGAUUUUAGGAGAGCGUUCCCAAGUCUCGGAUGUGGAGGCUCAAGACAAGCAACUACAUCAAGAAGAAAAGGAAAGUCGCAGCAAUACGUGUUCAUUAAACCCAAAGAAACAUGGACUCGCGACUUCUGUCUCCUUGCAGAGCCAACAGAGGGAAAGACGCCAUGUACGGCAAGGCUACUUAAAUUAAAAGAAGCAGGGAUAGGUAAAAGAAAAGUACGGUUUGAUGACAAAAAUGCAAGUCAUGGCAAAGUUCGGCAAGUCCUGGAGACCGUUUACCCAAAGCUUAAAAGCCAAGCUGGUGCAUUUGAAAUGCUCAGGGCUGACAGGGGUGGCACGAAUUGUGAUUUGAACAUAAUCCCAAUGUCACCAAAUGGAUACAAUUUGCAGCAUUUGAAAGAGAGUGUUGGCGGAAACACCAUAAUAUAUGUAAGACCGAUGCAGUCAAGCCUGUCACUGUCGAAAGUGACCACAGCAACAGAUGAUGCAAUUAGAAGUAAAUGCAGGUACUGUCAUACGGAGGUACCCUUAAUGAACAUGAGAAAACAUCUAGAGGAGUGCAUGGCAGGGGCAGGAGCUUCGUCCGCAGAAGAUCCCAUAAGAGACGUCGAAGACAGCAGCAGUGACGAAGAGGUCUCAGGCAAAAAUGAAGAUGAAAAUGGAGAAAGCAGAAAUGGAAGUUGGAAAUGGGGGUAUGUUGCAAAAGAGAAAGCAAAAAAGGAUGAAUGGAAAGACACUUUAAAACAAAUGUUUCCAGAACACAGUACAAGCCAAAUAAGUUUGGCUGUAAUUGGCAUUUCAUCUAUAGAAGAGGCGGUAUCGGAGCUAUUGGAAACCCCAUCAGAAGAGGCCAGCACAAAUAAACGAAGAAAAUUUUCUUCCAAUCCCUCUUUUGAAACGUUGUUAGAAGAGUUUCGAAAAAACACCGUUUUGCCAGAAUAUGAGGAUAUUAAGAUAGACAGAGAUUCACUAUGGCUAGAUGUUUUGCGAUUUUACAAAAAAAAGGUUAACGACAUUGGUUCAUUAAAGAAAAGUCUAGAAGUUUCCUUCAAAAAUGAGGAAGGUUUAGAUGGUGGAACCCUGAAGAUAGAGUAUUUUAAUUUGGCCUGGGAUGAGAUCAAAAAAAGGCUAUUCGUAGGAAACAUGACUAGUUUGCUGCCAAUCAAGGACAGUACAAAAAUCUUUCUGUUCCGGCUUGCCGGUAUCCUUUUGGUGCACACCAUCGUACAAAAUGGACCGAUCGCCGUUUUCCCUAAACUGGCCAAACCAAUUAUUUUGUCAAUACUUGGAAAGGACACUGCAGAAAUAAUGUCACAGUUAAAUAAGCACGACAUCCCAAUGUGUUCGUCCACAGAAAUCCUUUUGAAUUUGAUUGAAGAGCUAGACGAUGCUAAGAGCAAGGCUGCCAUUGAUUUUAUCUUGGAAAAUGGACAGAGGUCUGAAACCUAUUGGCAGGUAAUCAAUGCUUCUCAUUGGCCGUCCACAGAGCCAAUUACAGUUAACAACAAGAAUAUCCUUAUACAGGAGCUAGUAUACAAUGAAACAGUUCGUUCACGCCUCGAUGUUAUUACGGAGUUCAAAAAAGGUUUGGAAACUCUUGGUUUCUUUCCCUUCAUUUCCAAACACGAGCAUUGUUUUUUCGAGCUGCUUCACAAGAAAAAACAACCGUUUGAGCCUGAGUUCUUCAAGUCAUUAUUGGAAGUUGAUGACCCAAAAAGCCAUGCCGAAAAACAAGCCUUCAAUUGGUUUGAAAUGUUUAUAUCUGAGGGUAUGACACGUCUUAGCAAAGACGACGGAGCAACGAGAAUCGAAGCAUUGCUACAAUUUGCAACAAGUUGGUGCACGCCAGAAAAGUUAGGCAUUGCGGAAAAAAUAAAAGUUGAGUUCUUGCCGGACGACGAUGAGCACACAUUGCCUGCUAGUAUUAAAGGUAAAAUUUGA